AUGAAGAACCUCUCGGCCCUUGCCCUCACGGCCCUUCUGCCUUCGGCUACCGUUGCACACUACUAUUUUCCACACUUUGUCAUCAACGGCCAGGUGACGCCCGAGUGGCAGUAUACGCGCAAGCAUGACAACUUCCUCAACCCCUCAUGGGAGGACGGCGCCUUCCUUAACAGCAAUGAGCUUCGUUGCAAUAAGGGGGCUUCGAACCAUAUGCGCGAGCCCCAGACGGCCAAGAUCACUGCUGGACGAGAUACUGUCGGCUUCCAAACCUACGCCGGCACCGACGGUCUCUACCACCCUGGGCCUGUCCAGAUCUACAUGUCCAAGGCCCCCGGCGACGUCCGCGACUACGACGGAUCCGGCGACUGGUUCAAGGUUGCCCAGUGGGGUCACCGCGCCGCCGGAACCGCCGAUAGCAACUGGAUUACCUGGAAGAUGAGGCAGUUCACCUUCAAGAUGCCUGCCGAGAUCCCUGCCGGCCAGUACCUCAUCCGUAUCGAGCAGGCGGCCACGCACCAGCCGUACACAAACCGCGAGUUCUACGUCGCGUGUGCGCACAUCGAGGUCACCAGCAGCUAUAACGGUCAAAAGCCCACGCCCACGUUCAAGAUCCCCGGCGUCUAUAGCCGCGACCAGCCCUUCUUCAAGUACGACAGCUGGGCCCAGCCCCAGCCGAAAGUGUGCCCCAUGCCCGGCCCGGCCAUGUGGCCCAACAACAACAACUUGAAAAACCUCACCUAAAUCAGAUGAAGAGAGG